AUGGUGAUAUCGUUGAUAGAUGCUUUAAGGUCACUGUUCUCAGAGGACUCUGCUUCUGAGACACCACCGUUCCUUGUUACAAAAGCAGGCUGUUUCGGUUCUGGAAUGUCUGCAAUCUCGCUGCUGAGCAUCGAACACACUGUAGCAACACUUGGCCUAUCGUUAGCAGCUUCUUGCACACACAAAAGACCAAUGUGGACGCAUUUCCGUAAUUCUUUCUCAAAGACUGGAUCAAAGAUCUCAGGAUCUACCAAACCAUUAAUCUCCCCUUCGUUCCAGACUGACCAGACCUAUAAAACAGAGAAACUCAUGAGAGCUUGA